AUGUUGGACGGUGAGGAAGGCAUGCAGAGCUGGCGGGCUGCGUUGGACACGAUCGAGCUGGCUAGGAUUUAUGACGACCGGUUUACCUUGCGGAAGGCGCCGAUCACAAUGUCACAGAUACUGUACAUCUCGGCAGCCUACAUCACGCUGGUCCUGGCCGAUUUGUACGACCAGCCCGACCGACGAGACGAGCACGAGCAGGCACAGGCGGCGCUGGACCGACUCGUUGUUUACCUCAGCCAAUUGUCGGAAUCGUGGAAUGCUGCUGCUGCCUCCUUGGCGGCCCUAGACACUCUUCGGCAAGAGUAUGCGGUGAAGCAGGCCGAGUCAGAAACGUUUGACUUGACUUUGGACGAGCUGCUCAACCUCUUCCUUCAACCGUCCGAGCUGGUCACUUGA